GACCGCGCCCUUCCCUCGGGAGGAAAACACGCACAAGCAAAGAGAAACCCGCAAGCCGCCUCGCGCAGGUCGUCGCCGGCUCGCGCGGUCAAAUUCGUCGGCGGCGGGGGCCGGCGGGGUGGCCGGGCCGCGGGGCGCGCCCGGUCUGGUGGGAUCCCUUCGGACCUCCGCAGAUUCCCGCGCGGGGGGGUGUUUCGAUUUGGAUGAGAGGAGGCCGGCGGCGGGAUGGGCUCCUCCUCGCAGGGCUCGACGGCCGUGGCGGCGGCCCGGGUCGACCUCUGCGCGCUCGACCUCAUGCCCGUCUUCGCUAAGGAGAUGAUCGCCGGCGGCGUCGCCGGAGCCUUCUCCAAGACCGCCAUCGCGCCACUCGAGCGCGUCAAGAUACUGCUGCAGACUAGAACAAAUGAGUUUGGAUCUCUUGGAGUUCUCAAAUCAUUGAAGAAAGUGAGACAACAUGAUGGAAUCAAGGGAUUUUACAAGGGAAAUGGUGCCAGUGUGCUGAGAAUUAUUCCUUAUGCUGCACUACAUUUCAUGGCAUAUGAGCGGUACCGGUGUUGGAUCUUGAUUAACUGUCCCUCACUGGGGACAGGGCCUUUAGUAGAUCUUUUAGCUGGCUCAGCAUCAGGGGGAACUGCUGUGUUGUGUACUUAUCCCUUGGAUUUGGCCCGGACUAAGCUUGCUUUCCAGGUCAAUAGUUCAGACCAACUCAACAGAGCUUUGAAAAGAGCAAGUCCUCAGCCAACAUAUGGAGGAAUAAUGGAUGUCUUUAGAGGUGUUUACUCAGAAGGUGGAGUGCGAGCUCUUUACCGAGGUGUAGGUCCAACGCUCAUGGGAAUACUUCCUUAUGCUGGUCUUAAAUUCUACAUAUAUGAAGGACUGAAGGCACAUGUACCAGAUGAUUACAAAAAUUCGGUAACAUUGAAGCUGUCAUGUGGUGCUGCUGCUGGUUUAUUUGGACAGACUCUGACCUAUCCGUUAGAUGUUGUCAGGAGACAGAUGCAGGUUCAAAAUCAGCAACAACAUGGACAAUUUGGCGGCCCACGAAUAACAGGCACAUUCCAGGGUCUUAUAGCCAUUAAACAAACACAGGGAUGGAGACAAUUAUUUGCUGGCUUGAGCCUCAAUUACAUCAAGGUGGUGCCCUCAGUGGCUAUUGGUUUCACCGCAUAUGACACCGUGAAGCAUUUUCUGAAGAUACCUCCGCGAGAGAAGUGAAGCUCUGGCCAUGGCCCUGCUUAGUUUUGGUUGAUCUCUUCUCCAGGCGGACAUCUAGCAGAACAAGGACUAUUUCCGAGGCUUGGAAAUGCCGUAUGAAGCUGCAACCCAAUGAAGCAGCCUCGUCCGCAACUCUGUUACCAAAUACUAAUUGUUUCACGUAACAGCUACCCGAUAUAUUCUUUCAUUCUAAUGUUCCCCAUUCAUUUACAUCUGGUAACAUGAUUACAGAAGCUUAGCCUUAACCAUUACUUGUAGUCUUCUGCUUGAGUUCCCUGUAAUGGCAAACAAUUACUUUGAUUGCAGAAGAGGUGUUCCAUUUUUUUUGCAUAAAUUUUGUUUCCUAUGUGCACCUUGGCUUGUGCUUCUAAGACUGACUCCAACAAUGGAGACUCAAAUCCACGACCAAUACCCGAAAUCGGUCAUAACGGGCUCAUGGAAACAAGACCCAAAAGCUCGCUUCUCCAACAGACGGAAGAGAAUGGGCCUCCGUCAACUGUUUUAGCGUCAAGAGGCGGGAAGCCAAUAUUCUGUCCCGUCUCCUCCCGCCCAGAAACGAGGAACCCGUCGCCCCUCGCCCGGCACCGAUCGCUCCUCGCCCCUCGCUCGGCACCGAUCGCUCCUCGCCCCUCGCCCGGCACCGAUCGCUGUCAGCCUGGUCGCCCACUCAUCCAGCUGCUUGAAGCCAUGGCCUUUAACUACUAUCAACGCACAUGGUGUGGAUCUGCUGCCGCUACUACUAAUUAUGAUGAAAUCGAAGCAUGUGCUGUUGUCGUUUCAACAUUAAGGAAGAAACGGCGCUGGGGAGGCUCUGUUGUUGGCCACAAGACAAAAAAUCGUGACCGUAUUGGUGGCAACAUUCAAUUGAACAAUGAUUACUUUA